CACCUCUUUUGCACUUUUGAUUAUCAGAUAUCCGUAACUAUGGCUACGUUUGUCUCAAUUGUCAUCUUCAGUGUUAUCUACUCUCUUUCUUGAAUAAUUCUAAGUUUUAACAAAGAUGUCCACUUUGACUAAACAAACCCAUCACUGCCUACAAAAGUUAAAACAAUGUUCAACUAAUCAAUCCUAUCAUCUUUCUAAAUGUAAUUUAUCAAAUUCAAAAAAUAAUCUACCAUAUUUAAUUGAACAAAUAAAUUGGACACAUAUAACAUUCUUGAAUUUAUCAUCAAAUAAUUUAAAAGAUGUAUCAUUUCUAUCUUCAGUUGGACAAAUGACAACAUUGAAUCUAUCAAAUAAUUGUUUAAAUAGCAUAUCAGUAUUGAUCGAUUGUGUACAUUUGAUUAGUUUAGAUUGUUCAUAUAAUGAAAUCACUGAAUUACCGGAACUAAAUAGAUUGAAAUUUUUAGAAAAGUUGAAUGCGUCGAAUAAUCCGCUGAAUAGUAUUUCUGGUCUAUGGGGAUGCAAAAACCUACGUGACUUAAAUCUCUCCGCCUGUAACCUAACUUCCUCAUUACUAUCUGGGCUAGACGAAAAUGAAAUACAACUGGGUGCAAUUGAUCCUUUUGAGAAAGUCAGUGGUCUUUCAAAUGUUUCAAAACUUCCAAACUUUCCGACUACCAAUCACAAUCUACGUCCUACACUUUUAGGUAUACCAAAUCUACGUAUACUUAAUUUAAGUUAUAAUCCAAGAAUAUUUCAUGCUUUAUGUAUUCAGUUCAAUAGACAAUGUGGCAUAUCCAAUGACACGUCUAUGAACAAUUUAAACAGAACAGACUGUUCAAUGUUCAAUGUGCUGGAGGGAAAUAUGAAUGAUGUUAAUGGUUUUGGUCUAUUCCCGUAUAAAAUUGAAUAUUUGAAUUUACAAGCAUGUGAUAUUAACUUUAUCAAUGGAUUAUCACAUAUGAAACGUCUUCAUACACUGAACCUGUCUUAUAAUCAAAUAAUGGAUAUUCAAAUUUUAAAACCACUUAAACCACUGUUAUGUCUGCAGAAUUUAAAUUUAAAAAAUAAUCCAAUUUGUGAUCAAAAUAAUUAUUUGGGAAAAGUCGUCUGUUGUUUGAAACAAUUAAAAAUAUUGGAUGAUUGUCAGCUGACAAUAUUAGAUAAGGUACGUUCAUUCACAUAUAAUGAACCUUCAUUGAAAGAUGUGGCGAAACAAGAUCAUCGUGUCAAUCUACUUCAUCAGUAUACAAAAUCUAUGAAAUUAAGAGACUGUACCCUACCAAAUUUGGAUACACCCUAUCCAAUCUUAGCUAUUAUUGGUCCAGCGGGUAUAAACAAACGUCAGUUGAGACAACAGUUAGUCACGAAGUUGGAGAAUUAUUUCGCUUCACUUGUCUGCCACACGAAUCGUUCACCUCGGCUGAAAGAAGGCAGUCAACUGUUAAUAUCACCAAAACCACCUAUGGAUAACCUUGCGAGUUCAUCACCUCAAAUCAAUACUGAUACUAAUAUGCCCCAAAAAAGAGAAUGGAUGAAAUCAUCUCUGGAUUAUGACGCCGGUUAUCCUAAAGAAUAUGAUGGCAUAGAUUAUUAUUUUGUGAAUACAGAAAAUUUUUAUAAAAAACAAACCAGUGGAGGAUUUAUUCAGACAGCGAAAAUUAUGGAUUACCAGUAUGGAUUAUCAUGGGAAGCUUUGGACGGCAUUGCUCGUCAAGGAUUAGCUGGUAUUGUUGUCGGUGAAAUUGAACUGCUGUAUGGUUUACAGUUGGCUGGUUUAAAACCACGAAGUAUUCUAUGCCUGCCAAGUGACUUAGUAAAUUAUGAAGCAAAAUUACGCAAAAAAUUAUGCCAGCUAGACAAUCAACAAUUUUCCACGUUGAGCAAUAAUGGAAUAUUGGAGGCAGCUAUAGAAAAGUCAGAAGAAUGGAUCCACUGGUGUGUGGAGCGUACAAUUCAUUUGUAUCCUGAAGUACAUCGUGAUAAUCCAGGAAUGUUUGAUACAGUAUUGUCAUCAGAUAAUACACAGGAAUUAGCUGAACAGUUGUUAUUUUUAGUAUAUGAUUAUUUAGGUUUGAAUCAUGUUAAUGAGUGUUGCCAUAUGCUUCCAAGUGUGAAUAGUCCUGAUGAAGUUGAAAAAUGUCUAAAAUCUACAACUGCCUGACUUCUGCACAACAAAUUGUCCUGAGAAAACUUCUUUGAAGACGGAGUUUGGGAACAGAUUGUAGUAGAUUGUAGAUUACUCUGAAUAAUUUUUAUUUUCACCGAGUAACAUAGAUUAUCAUGUCUGUAAUUUAUUUAUUCAUUUAUUUGUUGUAUCGAAUAUAUCAUGGAUC